UAGAUAUCAAAAAAAAAAAAAAAGAAGAAAAACGAAUCUAUUCAUUUGCAACUUUGAAGACAAAGCAUUUGUAUUCAUUUAUGGGCGGGUCCUAUAUUUGCAGAUAUGUCUCUCACCAAAUAAAGGACUAUAAGAAGAAGACCAUGAGACAACAUGAUUUAUCACCAAGUACAAACAAUAUGAUCCACUUUAGAGCAUUAUUAACUUCAUCAUAUGCUUUGUACAAAAUAUCAAAGCAUUAUUGUAAAUUCAGAUCUAUCAAAUUUUGAGAGUUUUACAUGUACAUCAAUUGUGUGUCAUUUUCUUUGAUAAUUUAUUGUUGAAUUAAGUAAAGAACAUGUGAUUUGAAAUAGUUAUUGCAUAUAAACGACAAAACCAAAAAGAAAAUGGAAGACAAAAACACAUAUAGUUAAGUCACAUCGAAUUAUAUGGCUUGGCUGACUCUAGCUUGAGAGCAAUAAUGAAACAAAGAGAUUAUAGCAAUGAAGCAGAUGAUACGGUUCAAGAGGGUAAUCCAUAAAAGGUAACGUAAGAAGACAUCAUUGCUCUUCUUUUGCAAAGCUUAGCUACUCUCGUCUACUAGGAGAUUAAUUAUAAGUAGCUAUGUAAAUGUGCAAAAAGCAGUUAAAAGAAUGUACUGUAUAUUUUACAUAAAUAAUGAAAAUAUAUAGAGCAGUGAACGUUACGUCUUUAAUUAAAUUGAUGGAAUCAUGGAAUGGGUUCGAAGUUCGAACUCAGGUUUUAGCCGUGAAAAAUGAGAAUGACCUCAACAAAUAUAUACAUUUAUUUGAUUGUGUCCAUACGAAUCUCUUUUUCUUUCUAAAUGUUAGUAUUAUUAUUAGUGGGGUAGAUGUCGUCAAAUGAUAAAUUUUGACUGGCUUUAGCCGGUUGCCAAAAGUGGAAUGUCAGAGAAGAUCAUGAUUUUAACGAGUACAAUGCAGCCACGUGUACAACAGAGUUUACACCCCAGCCAUUCAGCUACUCUCUGCGUCUUUCCUCAUGUGUCUAUCUGAUCUGACGGCCCACGUCUGUUCUGACUUUCCUCAAAUUCCGGAUUUUUUUCUACCUAAUCUUUAUUUUUUUCCUAACAUUUCUUUUUCAUAGUUAAGUUCUGCAUUCGUUAUUUUUUUUUACUACCGUCUACCGUCUAUACCAAAAUCAAAAACUAAGAAAGUUUGAAAACCAAAAUUAAAAUCUAAAAUCUUUUUUUUUUUUGAAACACUAAAAUCUAAAAUCUUUAAUUUGUAAAUAAUCAUGACUUAAAUUAUGUUUGCGUUUGCCAAAGUUUCAUUGCCAAAGUUUCAAAGUGAAACUUGUAUGUUAGAGUCACCUGCUAAAAUCGCAUUUUUAAACCAAAAGUUAGAUUCUAACUAUAAUUAAAAAAUAUUAGAAAAUGCUACCAUUUAUUUAGCAUAAAGAAAAAAAUCACUCUUGUUAUAUUCUUUUUUUAUCUUGUUGUCACUUUCGUAAGAUAUAUCCAUUCACAUUUUGAAAACUACAUUUAAUCAUAUAAGGCAGACGAGGUUGAAUUGAAAGACGUGGACGCAGUCCUACCCGUUAAAGGAAAUUUAUUUUUUCUGGUAGCAAUGUCUUCGUACCUAAUAUAGUAUAUUUUUUUAGUGCGAUGCGACACGGCAAGAACAAGUGCCCAUUCUUAUCGUGCGAUUAUCAGAGCAUGAACAAUGAAGUUUUUUAUAUUCAGUUAAAAACUUCAUUUUAAGAAUUCCCAUUAACUAUGUUCUUAUACUAUUUCCAACUAUUAGAAAUCAUGUAAGAUUCCAAAAGAAAUUAAAAAUAUCCAUAUUUUAAUUGUGUAAUUAAAUUUUAUAUUUUUAAAAUCAUUAAAAUGUUAAUUGCCUGACAUGUAGAUGAAAAAAGUUUAAAAGUAGUUCUAAAAAAAAGUUUUUAAAACUUCUUUUCACUCUCUUUUAAUUUCUUUUUUUAUUUCUUUAACUUUAAUACGAGAGUUCUGAUUGAAAAACCUCUAUUGAAGAUGGUUUUAGUUUCAGUUUGGAUCAAAAUGUAGUUUUAAAAAAAAAAGAGUAGUUUGUAUAAGGAACUGACACAUAUAUACAUAUAUAAGCGUUUUUUUUACUAAAUAUAUAAGCGGUUUUAAAGUAAGGGAAACUCAAAACAGAAUGAUACUACCUAUAUGACUAACAGAUAUGUUUUAUUUGUUCUAAUUAAAGAAUAUUCAUGAUUUCUGUUAAACAAUACCGAAACCGUAUUGAUAUCUAAUAAGAUUGUAGGUAACAGCCAAUAUAUAGCAUCUAACUUUCUAAUCUGCUGUAGUAUUGUUGUAUUAACAUUUGGAUUCAAAUUCGGUAGAAUAUAUAUAAACCAAAAAAAAUCGGGAUAACAUCCGUGAUUUGCCUCUUUCUCAUCAUGAAAACCUUGUGAGUUUGACUAUGCAAGUGUACGAUGGUGUAUACAUUCUGUUGAUGCCCUAUUAUGAGUCAUAAGUUCAUUAUCAACGAUUUAAUUUUGAAGGUGUUCUAAUGUACACAUUAUAAAAAUCUGAGGAGAACGAGAGUAUUGUUAGAACUUGGUUCGGUUUGGUUAAUUUAAAUUUUGUUUUAAAUAAUUUUUUGUUUGAUUGAUUUAGUUUAAGUUUGAUUCAGUUUAGUUCGGCUUGGUUUUAGUCCGAUCGGUUUGGUUUUAAUCCGAUUAGACAACAAAAGCCAGAACUUGUCACUUACUAAUUGAUAAUUUGAUAUAUAGAAAAUAAGCUAUAAGAAAAUGAAAACUUCACUAAUACUAAGAGAAAACCAUGACAAUGAAGCUAAAUCUCAUUCAUAGGUUGGGCAGCCUAACAAACGGAUUUGGUAUGAUCCUAAUUAUAAGAUUAUUGGCUCAGAUUGAUACAAUAGCUAUGAAAAUGCGGCUGCUGCUACUUACUACUUUUGAUGAGUAUAGACUGUAUAGUCAUUUAAUUUUGUUAUAAAAUGAAAUUCGACAUUAUGGAGUGGGAUGUUGAUUGACAUUUUUGCUCUAUCUCUGAUCAUGUGAGGUACAGAUUUCUCCUCCUAGACAGAAAGGAACACAAAUUCGAAUACUAUAACUACUUUGAAACAAAGACACAAAUAAACACACGUACGAACUAUUCUGGGCAGCUAGAGCUAGGUAACUUAAACAGUCGACUCUAAGAUUGUAACUUAGCCCGCCCAUAGCACAAUGAAGAAACGUCCCCACAUGAUUCUGUAUAAUCCAUCCCAAGCCAGACGCAGUCCUACCUAAACGGUGUCGAACAUGGGACUAAUCUGCAGCUGUUUUCUUUUUCUUGUGUGACACGCAGAUGUAAUAAUAACGGUGUAGCUUCUGCUAAUAAGGUAUGUAUUGUCUACAAUGUUUGGUUUUGUCUCUAAGCCGGUUUCAUCAAAAGCUUUAAUUUAUUGCUGAGUAGGCUCCAGAAGAAAACGUGGGAAGUUGUUCUCCCGGUGACAGUUCCGUUGCAAAAAUAAUGGGUUCAGGUUUGAGCAGUAUUGACAAUCCAUCGAAUCAGCAGUCUAGUGGAAGCGAACGUGCCACACAAAGAGAGGCUGCUUUGAUGAAGUUUCGGCUUAAACGUAAAGAGCGAUGCUUUGAGAAGAAGGUAUCUCUAUGCAAAGCUUAAGCUCUUAUUUCGUGGGAGGCACGAAGUUAUGGCAUGCUUUUGUGUUGUUCUGUUUUGCCUUUAGGUAAGGUAUCACAGUAGGAGGAAACUAGCUGAGCAACGGCCUCGUGUCAAAGGUCAAUUCAUUCGCAAGUAAGAUUCUUUACUCUUCCUCAAAGUGUCUGGAUUUACAAAAGGUUUCCUUAUUUAAUAAUGUGCUCACAUGGAUCCAUUGCCUUUGUAGGAGAGAUGAUUCUAAUCAGGAAAUGAGUGUCCGAAGACUGACGACAGCUGAGUCAACGAAGAUGGUAUAGAAGAGAGGUUCACAAAGUGGCAUUGUAUCUGUAGAAGCGUCUCUAUUUAGUGACCUUUUGGAUUAUUUAAUUGGUUACGUUUUUGUAUGUAUUUUUUUUCUCCAUUUUGUAUAAUAGAAAAGAUUUUUUCCAUGGAAAUAAAUAAAAGACAUUCUCCAAAAAAAAAAGUUUCAAAAACUAAAAUUUUAAGCUAUUUUAGAGUAUUUCUCUAAAAUAAAUAAAUUAUUCUUGCCAUGAGCUAUUUUAGGUAUUUCAGUGUAUUAGUAAGCAGUACAAUCACUUGCUUAUUAGGUCAUAAAACGUUUAAAAAUUAAACUAUUUAUUUUCUUAUAAACUUUAUUGCUCGCAUUAUUUGAGGCUAAAAAUGAUUUUCUCAUGAAUCUAAUUUGUGUAUAAUUAUUAUUUUUUAAAAAAGAAGAUCCAUGCAUAGAGGCGCUCUAUUAGAACACAUUAAGCUCUCCUAUAUAUAUAUUCUCUUCGAAGAGAUUUUUAAGUGUUCAUCCUCUAACCUCUCACCCGCUCUCUCUAGUUUUCUCGCAGAGAGUCUCUUUUGUUUAAAGAAAACUCUCAAGAAAGUUAUACCUCUCCAUCCCCAAAUUGCUACGAUGAAAAAGUUCUUCUGUUGUCACAAAGGAGAAAGCUCAAGUGGAGCAGUAGAAGCGGAAGAGCAAACGCAACCUCUGCAACCAGUGCAACUGCAACCAUCAUCAUCGCAACCAGUGCAAGACCCACAAGCCUCAUCGAGAAGUGUCAAAGACGAGAACGAAGCCAUCUUUGAUGAAAACCUCUUUGACAAUAACGAAGGCCUUAACCUUGCUUGGCGCAACCUUUGGAAAUCCUACGAAGAUGCUAAAGCUGCGACUCAUGAUCCUUACCCUGGACCUAAGAUUAAAUGGAGCGAGAUCUUUCAAGGAACCCUAAACUUCCGUAACAUCAACUAUCUCGGCCGAGGCAACUUCGGUGAAGUCUAUCGCUGCGAUAUACCAAGACUCGACAAGGUUACAAAACUCAAAGUCUUGUCCUUUACUGUCCCAAAACUCGAAACCCAUUUGCUAAAAAUCUUUGUUUCUUGUCAGACCGGAGCUGCAAAGGUUCAAAAUAAUCCGAGCGAAGAGGCUCAUGCUGAGUUCUUGGCAGAGAUCACAACGUUACACGCGGCUAAUCACCCAAACGUGAUCACUCUUCUCGGAAAAUGUUUCCACCAAGACCACCGUGUCAUCGUCUACGAGUUCAUGCAUCGAGGCUCCCUCGAUCACCACCUCUUUCCAAACACGAGGCUACUUCGAGGUCGUGGACGUGGCUUACUUCAGGUAUACAAGGUUUUGAGUUGGACCAUGAGGCUGAGGAUCGCAGUGGGUGUAGCUAAAGCUCUUGUUUAUCUCCACGAGGAGCUGAAGAUGGUUCACAGAGACGUCAAGGUUUCGAAUGUUUUGCUUGAUAAGAAGUUUGUGCCGAAGCUGACUGAUUUUGGAUUAGCGUCUUGCAUCGUUGAAGAUGAGAACGGCGUUGAGAAGAGGAGCGAGAUCACUCUGAUCAAGGGAACUCCGGGUUGCACCGCACCGGAGACAGAGGAGUUAGGUUUGGUCUCGAGCAAGAACGAUGUCUAUAGCUAUGGAGUGUUCCUCUUCACGCUUUUCACUGGAAGGAAAGCUUUUGAUUCUAAGAGAGGUUCUGGGAAAGAGAAGCUGACUGAUUGGUUAAAGAUAGUAUGUAGCAGAGGAGAUAACAUUCCGCUGGUUGUUGAUUCUGCGAUGGGUAAUAGGUUUCCGGGUGAAGGUUUAAUCAAAUUAUUUCAGACGGCCUUGAUGUGUGUCGAUCCGCAGCUGCUUGCACGUCCUGAAAUGCGUUUUGUGGAGUCGAUGGUUAGUGACGUUGCGGUUUAUGAGGUCCCAACGUGUCCAACGCUGACGAGGAGGCAUUCGAUAUAGGAUGUUUUAUCAGGCGGCUUUCAUUUUGGUUUUCAGAAACAUGUAAU